UAUCCCUCUGAAGAAGAUAUGAUUGAAUGGGCCAAGAGGGAAAGUGAGAGAGAGGAAGAACAGAGGCUUGCUCGACUGAAUCAGCAAGAACAAGAAGAUUUAGAACUGGCUAUUGCACUCAGCAAAUCUGAGAUAUCAGAAGCAUGAAGAAUUCUCUUGUCCUUUGUCAACAAUGCAGUUUUCUUCUUCCUAAAUACUGAAGCUACUUACCAUGUAUAUCAAAACUACCUAUGAGCAUGGGAAUACAAAAGUUUCAAGAUUCCUAUUAAUGUGACAAAAGUCUAGCUUUUUUAAAACUCUUAUUUCAAAUUAGUCUUUUAUUUUAGUUUGUUCUCCAAAAGUAGUACCCAAUCAGACAGCUUUGCCUAGGACCCUGUUCUGGUGUGCAUUUACUGAGCUUUUGCCUGCCUUUGCUAAUCUUACUUGUAAAGCUAGAAUACCCAAUCUUCUUCUCCCUUCUGGAAUAUAGAGAAAUAGUUUCACCCUGUGCUACCCUUGUUAUGUAGUUAUUCUGAUGAUAGCCAGUGGGGUUCUUAAAGUUUGCAGCAUUUUCCCCAAGUUGAAUGGUUGAAGGAGGGGAAGGGAAAGAACAUCCUCUUUUAUGAUUGAUGUAAAUUGGUUAAAGUGCAUUUUCAAAUUUUCUUUUAGUAAAAUAUUGUUUAAUUUGUUUUUUAAAGAUACAGAAAAAUAUUUUGCAUAGAUUGACUCCAUUUUUGAAAAAGGAUGCAUUAGGUUGAGCCAUUAUAGCUUGAGACUCAGAUUUUUCUUAAAUAAAAACAUGAAAGCUUGUGUGAAAUAUAUUUUUUAAAAUAAUUUUGCUGGACUUAAAAAAUUUUAGAUUAACUGAUACCUCUCCAUAUGUUUGCUAACUAACAAAAUCAGUUUCUUACAAAUUAAGUUUGUAAGAAAAUAUUCACUUUAAGUACCAGACAGUGAAGAAAAUUUAUUAUUUAAAAUAUACCUAUCAGUAUUUGGUAAGCAAAAAUAUUAAAUUUACUUGCAGCCAUUAUGUCUUUCCUGUGUCACUGUCCUCUGUAGGUCACAAUAGGUUUAUUCUUGAACUUUUGCAUAAGAAACUCUAGCAGCUAGAACUGGAAGGUACUUUAAUUUUUCAUACAUAUAUUUUUUGUUUUCUUUAAUGAAGGCUCAACUACUUGAAAUAUAAAAACUUCCACUGAAUACAAAUGGAAAAAGUGACAUGUAUCAUAUCAUAUUGCUUUUUCUCCAUCUUCAUAAUUUAGUUUAUUUACUCUGCAUGUUUUUCACCUAGAAAAUUGGCAAACUGGCAAAAGAAAAUCUUACUUCUUUUAAUUGGGAGAGAAAGGACCUGCCUAAUUAUCAGAACUCUGUGUUAAAAGCCCAUCUUCUAUAAAACUAACCUAGUAGACAAGCAGAAUUUAAAGUGGACUGUGAAGCAGGCUGUAAAUUGUAGAUUAAUCUUUUUUUUAACGUGAAUUAUUGAUUUAGUUUACUAUAUAGUAAGAUAAAGAAAAAUGCACCUGAAACAACCUAAAAUUCUCCAGAGUCAUCAACUCAAGGUGAUACUGAUCUGUGUUAAUCAGAGUAACUUAUUGCCUGGCCUAUAAAUAAAUUCCAAAAUAUCUAAUUCA